ACAAAACCUAGUAGUACCACAUUCGUCCAUUGUUCUUUAUUUAGGUAUAAAGCGACUCAAAUACCCUGAAAAUCAUUUGAAAAUACAAAUUGAUUUUAUUUCUUUCUUUGUUUUAAUAAUAUAAAGCUAUUACAACGAAUAGAGACAUUUACAUGUCAAAUCCGGAUUGUCUGAGUAAAGCUAUAUCCUUGGUGAAAACGGCCAUUGAUCAUGAUAACGCUGAGCGUUACGGCGAUGCCUACAAGAGUUACCAGAAUGCGCUUGACUAUUUUAUGAUGGCCUUAAAAUAUGAGAAAAAUGAAAAAUCCAAAGAAAUAAUACGAGGAAAGGUUUUAGAGUAUUUGGAUCGCGCUGAGAAAUUAAAAACGUUUCUACAGCAAAGAAGCAAUCAUAUUGCCUCGAAAAGCAGCGCUUCUAGUGGUAAUUUGGAGGGAAGCAAUUCUCCAGGCGCUAGUGAUGUUUUGGACGUGGAAGCUAAAAAGCUUCGAGGUGCUCUUUCUAGUGCAAUACUAAUCGAGAAACCCAAUGUUCGUUGGGAAGAUAUUGCUGGUUUAGAGAACGCAAAAGAAGCUUUGAAAGAAACGGUUCUCCUUCCUAUCAAAUUGCCACAAUUAUUUUCGCGUAGUCGAAAACCUUGGUCUGGUAUCCUUCUUUAUGGCCCUCCUGGAACAGGUAAAUCGUAUUUGGCUAAAGCCGUUGCUACUGAAGCUGGCUCUACGUUCUUUUCCAUCAGCUCAUCUGAUUUGGUGAGCAAAUGGAUGGGAGAGAGUGAAAGGCUUGUUCGGCAAUUGUUUGAGAUGGCACGUGAGCAGAAGCCUUCGAUUAUUUUCAUUGAUGAGAUUGAUUCACUUUGCGGUAGUAGAAGUGAAGGUGAAAGCGAGUCAUCUCGUAGAAUCAAAACUGAAUUUUUAGUCCAAAUGAACGGUGUAGGGAAAGACGAAAGCGGGGUACUAGUGUUAGGUGCUACCAAUAUUCCUUGGACAUUGGACUCUGCCAUUCGACGUCGUUUCGAGAAACGAAUUUAUAUCCCAUUGCCAAGCUCGUACGCUCGCUCUAAAAUGUUUGAGCUUAAUGUAGGGGAUAUUCCUUCAGAAUUAGUCUCCAAGGACUUUAAAGAACUCGCAAGAAUGACUGAAGGCUACUCUGGUUCAGAUAUAGCUAUUGUUGUACGAGAUGCUAUAAUGGAACCUGUAAGAAGAAUCCAUACGGCUACCCAUUUUAAAAAGGUCUUUUACAAGCCUUUAGAACGAACUAUGGUUACACCUUGUUCUCCAGGGGAUCCAGAUGCUUUUGCAGCUACGUGGAUGGACGUAAAUGGUAGUGACAUUUUAGAGCCUCGUCUUACCGUGCGUGAUUUCUAUAGCGCUGUCAAGAAGGUGAAACCUACUUUAAACGCUAGUGACAUACAAAAGCAUAUUCAGUUUACGAAAGACUUUGGAGCUGAAGGUUAAUUUCACAUUUUUGUGAAAUAUUUUAGAAAUCUAAUGAUCUGACACGUUCAAAAAACUAAUGAGUUUUAAUAUCAUAUUAAACAGACUAUGAGAAUUGAAAGUAAUAAAAUAAAGCAGUCAUCUGUAAGGUAUCCACUGACAUUAGAAGAUCAGAUUAUUGAAAAUUGAGAAUCGCC